UGCGCGCACUGACCCGCCCAGUCACUGCAGGCCCAGCGGAAGGCGGAAUGGCAGGGGGCGGGGCCGAGGAGCAGGCGGGCUCUAAGGGGUCGAAUUCCUGAAACAAGCAAAAACCCCGGCGCCAGAGCUAGGCCCGGCAGAGCAGCGCUGUGAAGCCGAGGCCGCGCGGAUUUGUCAGAGACCCUCCGCUGCCUGCUCCUUUGAUGCUGCAGUCAUCCCUCUUAUCCCUUGACUACAUUUCCUGUCGUCUUCUCAAUCACCGUUUUUGCAGAUUCAGCACCAGCGAUAACAGCUAAGUGGUCAAUUCUGGGACUCGGGUUGGGAGUCAGGGUGGGUGCGAGGCGUAAGCAGUACAAGCUAGCCCGCCAUCUGCUGCAGCAACCGCCACUGCUGCAGACACCUCUCCUGGGCGGGAAAGGAGAACACUGUCAAAAGGUCCACGCUGUUCCAGUGCCCACGGUCAGAGUUAGAACGUUUCUGUCAAGCCUUGGGGAGAGCCUUGCAGUUUGGGAAGGAAGGAAAGACUCAGAGAUCACGAAAAAAGAUCUCAUUUUGGGUAGUGUUGACUUUUUGUCAUCUUAACUGAGGGAGUGGCAGCUUUGCUUGAGCCUCCUUAAACCCUGAGCCAUGUCACCCCCAACUGUGCCCCCGAUGGGUGUAGAUGGCGUCUCCGCAUACCUGAUGAAGAAAAGGCACACCCACAGGAAGCAGCGGCGCAAGCCCACUUUCCUUACGCGUAGGAACAUCGUGGGCUGCCGCAUUCAACACGGCUGGAAGGAAGGCAAUGAGCCCGUGGAGCAGUGGAAGGGCACUGUGCUCGAGCAGGUUUCCGUGAAGCCCACUCUCUACAUCAUCAAAUAUGAUGGCAAAGAUAGUGUGUAUGGGCUAGAGCUGCACCUAGAUAAAAGAGUUUUAGCGUUAGAAAUCCUUCCUGAAAGAGUGCCAACUCCUCACAUUGAUUCGCGCCUGGCGGAUUCCCUGAUUGGCAAAGCAGUGGGGCAUGUGUUUGAGGGUGAGCAUGGUACGAAAGAUGAAUGGAAGGGCAUGGUUUUGGCGCGAGCCCCUGUGAUGGACACUUGGUUUUACAUAACUUAUGAGAAAGAUCCUGUCCUUUAUAUGUACACGCUGCUGGAUGACUACAAAGAUGGUGACCUGCGCAUCAUUCCAGAUUCCAACUACUAUUUCCCUACAGCAGAACGGGAGCCUGGAGAAGUGGUCGACAGCCUCGUGGGCAAGCAAGUGGAACACGCCAAAGAUGAUGGGUCCAAGAGAACCGGCAUAUUUAUCCAUCAAGUGGUGGCCAAGCCAUCCGUCUACUUCAUUAAGUUUGAUGAUGAUAUUCACAUUUAUGUCUAUGGCUUGGUGAAAACCCCCUAAAUUCAUUGUGCUCUUUGCAAAAGUCAUGGAACUAUUAAAUGUAAAACGUCAUGUUCUUGUAAUUGUGAAUUUUUGGAACAGAAUGGUGUCAGAGGUUCAGGAAUUUAUUAUUACUUUUUACUUAUUGUGCCUCCAAAUCUUACAACGACUAGUCCCACAGUUUUGUCCCAAGUGUACACUGGUACUUUUGAUAUGGCUUUGUUCUAUAACUGAAUGUUUAAUUUGGGUGUUAAUAGAAAACUGAAAAGUAUUCAUUACCAUUGGAACAAUGAAAAACUAAAGAAAAAUCAGUGGAGUAACUCCACACCAGAUCCUUUCUCCCAUUUUAUUAUCUCCCCUUUCUUCUUUCCAGGUAACAAGUGUUAAGAACAUGAUGUAUAACCUUACACGUUUUCCCCAUCCACUUACAGAAAGUUUGUUAUAGUCUCUUCUGUAAAAAUGAAAGCCACAUCAUUUCUCUGUGAUUGCUUUUCACAUUUGGAAUAUCCAUGAUAUCUGUUCUAAUCAGUAGCUGCAAGUCUCUCUAUCUCUCUAUCUCUCUCUCCCUCUCCCACCUCUUGUCCUCUCCCAGUUCCCCUCUGCCCCCGGAAUUUACUUUGUAUUUGGUAUAACACAGAGGUCAAAUUAUACAUUCUGUUCACAUCAGGUACCUGAUUAAGCCAUCACAUUUAUUAAAUAAAUCACCUUUCCCCCUCUUCUUUCUCUCCUUCCCUCUAGCAGCUGCAUAUACAGUACAUUUAUAUACCAAAAAGGUAUUCAGGCAUUCUAUCAUUGAUGGUCACUUAAAUUAUUUCCUUUCCUUUUUUGACCAUAGCACUGCUGCAGUAAAUACUGGUGAUUUUAUUUCUAUUGGGUAGAUUCCCAGAAAUGGGAUUGCUAGGUAGGGAUAUAUUUAAUUUUAAGUAAUAUUACAAAAUUACUAUACAAAAUGAAAGUGCUCAUUUCCCAUUAUUCUGUCCAAUACUCUUUCAAGUUUGCAAAUCUGGAACGUGACACAUUAAAUAGUAAUUUUUUAAUUGACAAAUUCAAGGAGGUUUGUUUUUUUAACUGUUUGGAUUUUUCUCUUUUGUGAUUUGCCAAUACGUAUCCUUUGCUCAUUUAUCUAUUGAAUCUUUGAUCUUUUUCUUAUACAUUUCUAGGAAUUCUUAUUAUAUUUCUCUAGGAUACAGAGUAAUCAUUUGUAGCCAAUCUGUAUUUUUUCCAUUCUAUCACUGAUCUUGACUUUAGUGGUGGUAUCUUUUACUUUAUAGUUUCUUACAUUGUUGUUUUUAAUUUUUAGAUAGACUGCUACCUCCUUUUAAGUUUUUUGGUUUCACAUCUUUUUCAGAUGAGUACCUCCACCCCAAGUCAUACAAAUAGUCACCUAUAUCUUUUUCUAAAAUUUUAAUUAAUUUUAAGGUUUUAGCUGUUUGAGCCAUCUGGAGUUUAUUUUAUAUAUGGUAUAAGAUAAAAGUUCAAAUAUACAUAUUGUUCACAUUGGAUUCAUGAUUAUGCUAUCAUAUAUAUUAAAUAAACCACCCAUCUUUCAGUCUGUGGACCAGUAUCCUGUCGUUUAACUAUAGUGGCUUGACCAUAAAUUUUGAACUCUGGUAAAGCAAGUUACCUCUCAUUGGGUGUUUCUUUUUUUCCCCAUUUCUUCUUUUAUAUAAAUUGUUCUAGAAAUUAAUUUUUCUAUGAAAAUUGAAAGCAUUCUUUCCACAUUUCAAAAAUUCUGAUAUCUUAGAAUUGUGAUACAUUUCAACAUUUCUAUUUAGAACACAAUUUUAAUGAUAUUAACUCUUGCCAUUCAAGAGUUUUGGUACCUCAUUAAAAUCUUUUGGUUUUGUUUUUGUAAUGUUCUUCAUAUGGAUCCAUUACAUCUGGUUAAAUUUGU